AUGAAGAUCACAUCAAGGCACAUCGAAAAGGACGGCUCAGGCCGCGUCACGCUCGUGCCAGAGGAAGACGAGGACAUGUACCAUCUCUACAACCUCAUAGAGGAGGGCGACAAGAUCCGCGCAGCCGCCGUCCGCCGCGUCCAGUCCGAAUCCUCGACGGGGUCAAUCGAAUCGCACCGUGUCAAGCUCAACCUCACCAUCCAGGUCGUCAAGACGGCCUUUGACGCAACGGGAAGCUCUGCACCACCAGACCCGUCGGCCGCAGCUUCGACGUCGUCGACCAACGACGAGACGUCCGGGGAGGUGUCGAGGGCGGCGGCCGUGGGCGCGUCGGGCGGCGAGGGGGCCACGCUCCAGGUGUCGGGUCGCGUCGUCGAGGAGAACCCGCACGUCAAGAUGGGCGCGUUCCACACCCUCGACCUCGAGGUCAACCGGAGCAUGACCAUCUGGAAGGAGAACUGGGACUCGGUCCAUCUCGAACGUCUGGGCGAGAGCAGCGACGCCAGCCAGAGGGCAGAGGUGGGAGCCGUGGUGCUCGGCGAAGGCACGGCGAGCGUCUGCCUCUUGACCGGCCACAUGACCGUGGUGCGCCAGCGGAUCGACGUGGCCAUCCCGCGCAAGCGCAAGGGCAUCCCCGCAUCUUCGGCCGACAAGGCAACGCAGCGCUUCUACGCCCAGGUCUACAACGCCGUCGUCAAGCUGCUCCAGCUGCCUGCGCUGCGCCUCAUCAUCAUCGCAUCGCCAGGGUUCACGAGGGACUCGGUGAUGGACUACAUCUUUGAAGAGGCCGUCAAGCGAGGCGACAAGAUCCUCAUCGGCGGAGAGGCGCGGCGCAAGUUCCUCAAGAUCCACUGCAGCAGCCCGCACGUCCACUCCCUGAUGGAGGUGCUCCGCAGCCCAGAGGUCAACGCGCAGCUCAAGGAUACCAAGUUCGCAAGAGAGGGGCAGCUGCUGGAGCGCUUCAUGAAGCAGCUGGCCAGCGACGAGCUGAGGGCGUGGUACGGCGAGAAGCACGUCCUGCUGGCCGCAUCGCGGGGCGCCAUCGGCACGCUGCUCAUCUCGGACGGCCUGUUCCGCGCGGCGGACCCGGCGCGGCGCAGGAAGUUUGUCGACCUCGUCGAGGAGGUGCGCAAGCAGGGCGCCGAGGUGGCCAUCUUCAGCUCGAUGCACGAGAGCGGGAGACAGCUCAACUCGCUCACGGGCAUCGCCGCCAUCCUCACCUACCCGCUCGACAUUGAAUUGGUCGAGGAGGAGGAGGCGGCCGACGCCCAGGGCAGCGAGGCGGUCGGCGGCCAGCCAUGA